CGUAAAAACAUCGGAGCAGCACUUUGUAAUAAUCAUUUCAAACAAUUCUCCCAUUUAUUAGGCCCUCCUUUUUCUCUUCCCUCCAAGCGCGUCGUCGUCGGUCGGCAUCUUCUCCGGGGCCUUUCUACCUUUCCCGACCUUUUUCCGGCCGCCGAUCAAUCGCACCUCCAUCGUCUCUCUCCAUUACUCGGCUCAUAAUUUCUGAAUCGUUCUUCGUCUCGCUGUUUGACCUCCAUAUGCUUGAUUAUUUCGGAAUCAUCUUUUGUGGUGUUAAAUUGAGGGGAGAUGUCGAAUCUAGGGAGGAGAAGUAUGUCAUCAUCGCAUGCCAAGAACAAAACAGUAGAAAAUGGAGGUCCUUCGGACCCUGUUCGAAAGCCUCUCCCUUCUCCACGCUCAAUGGGAUUAACUGGAGAACGAACAGUGAAGCGUUUGCGACUGUCAAGGGCUCUUACGAUUCCUGAAAGUACAAGUGUUUAUGAUGCUUGUCGCAGGAUGGCUGCUCGCAGAGUAGAUGCCUUAUUGUUGACUGAUUCAAAUGCUUUACUCUGUGGGAUUCUUACGGACAAGGAUAUUGCUACGAGAGUAAUAGCUCGAGAACUAAAUCUUGAAGAUACGCCAGUUUCAAAGGUGAUGACAAAAAAUCCUGUUUUUGUUCUAUCUGACACUCUUGCUGUGGAAGCCUUGCAAAAAAUGGUUCAAGGGAAAUUCAGACAUUUACCAGUUGUGGAUAACGGAGAGGUUGUAGCUUUACUUGACAUAGCAAAGUGCUUAUAUGAUGCCAUUGCUCGUAUGGAGAGGGCAGCUGAGAAAGGGAAGGCCAUUGUUGCAGCUGUUGAAGGUGUUGAGAAAAACUGGGGUUCAUCAGCUUCUGGCCCUAAUACAUUCAUCGACGCACUGAGGGAACGUAUAUUUAGGCCUUCAUUGUCUACAAUUCUCUCUGAGCAUUCAAAGCUCUUAACUGUAUCACCCACUGACACAGUCUUGGAAGCAGCAAAGAAGAUGCUUGAAUGUCGUUUAAGCUGUGCUAUUGUAACUAUAGAAAAUAAACCAAAGGGCAUCUUAACGUCCAAGGACAUAUUAAUGCGGGUAAUUGCACAAAAUCUUCCUCCAGACACAACACUUGUGGAAAAGAUCAUGACACCUAAUCCAGAAUGUGCAACUGUUGAUACACCUAUAGUUGAUGCUUUGCACACAAUGCAUGACGGGAAAUUCUUGCAUUUGCCAGUUGUGGAUAGAGAUGGACUUGUCGUUGCUGUUGUUGAUGUGAUUCAUAUCACCCAUGCUGCAGUUGCCACUGUUGGUAAUACUGGUGGAAUAAAUACCGAGGCCACUACCAAUAUGAUGCAAAAAUUUUGGGACUCUGCAAUGCAAUUGGGGCCUGCAGAUGAUGAUGAGGAUUCUAGGAGUGAGGGAUCCCUUAAACUGGCAUCUGAAAGUGGCGAUACAACAAAAUCUUUUCUCACUUCAUCAGUUCAACCAAAUAGCUUUGCCUUCAAAAUCGAAGACAAGAGAGGCAGGAUGCACCGGUUUAUUUGUGAUACACGAAAUUUGAGGGAUCUCAUUACUUGUAUACUUCAGAGAGUGGGUGAUGAUAUUGACCGCAACCAAUUACCUCAUAUUUUGUAUGAAGAUGAAGAUGGUGAUAAAGUAGUCCUUGCUACAGAUAGUGAUCUUGCUGCAGCUGUAGAUCAUGCUAGAUUAUCUGGAUGGAAGGGAUUAAGACUACAUUUAGAUUACUCUGCAGUACGUCGUCGUGGACGUGGUUCUGGGUCAACAAGCCUAGAUUAUGCUCAGACGGAUGCAUGGGCAGCUGCAUACAGUUCAGUUGCAGCUGGUGCUGCACUUGUUGCUGGAUUGGGUGUACUUGCUUAUCUGAAGAGAAAUGGCUAGAAACACAACUUUAAUAAUUAAUAUAUGAUGAUGAAAACUUUUACUUUAGCUGCUGGCACGACUACGUUUCAUUGGCAGGAUAGAUUCUUGUUGGUUGGCUCUCCGUUUAUUGGGAACCGGGGAGUGAGUUGCGCCAGCAGUCUCUUUUUGUAUAGGUCUAUAAUGAGGGUUGUCAAUGUCAAUUUUUGCAGGCUAACUGUGCGUUAGGCCAUGUGUGAAAUAUGGUUAUGCAUAUUGUUUCAUGGAAAGCUAUAAUCUCAUUAUUGAAAUUCUCAAAUUCAUGUAAUUUCUUGAUUUUAUACAAGUAAUAAACACCGAGCCAGAUACGAGUUUUGAUAGCAAAAUAGUAUGUUGGCACUGAUAGCCUUUUCGUUUGUAUAUUGAAUUCAAGCUUGGAUGUAAUUCGAAGGACCCAUUUCAGAUGGAGGCUAUUGGGAGAAUAGUGUGCCUAUCUAUCUUUUGCUAUCUUGUUGUUUUCGUUA